UUCGAGCCCGUACAUAAACGUGCAAAACAUUCAUUGGAAUUCUGAGGAGAUCAAGCAUCUUAUUCUUAGUCUAACGAAGGCAGUUCCCUCCUGACGCUGAUAUUUACAGGAGUGAUAUCUUGGUCUUGCGACUUGGAGGGAAUAUUAUUUUGACUUCAUUGAAUUGAAGUCGAAAUAUUAUCAUUUAAUUUUGUUGUUGAUUUGGUCUUUGUAACAUUUUGCCGGCAAGAAAAUACGCCGUGGCGUAGCCGUAGGCGGAGGCUAGCUCGAGCUCCCGACUCCUAUUCUUAACCUAACUUCGCGGCCCGGAGCCUUUCUCAGGCAGUAGUUUGCCACUGGCAGAGCAGUAGGGGUAACCGUAAGCUGGGACAUCUUUCUUCUUCUUCGAAUGUAUGAAAGUAUCAUUGUCGGCAGGUGGUCAUCUUGACGAACUCCAAGUCCAACUCAAGUCUUCAAUUAUAGUUCAGAGACGAGUCAACUGAGAAAACUUGUUCAAACCACUCCUUAUAUUAUCCCAAUUAGGAAACGUUAAGCUUCAGCCUGGUUUAAGACGGUGCAGUGGGGAACAUUUUUUCUUGAGCAGUUACACACAAAGUUUAGACUACACAAACAUGCUUGGGACGGAAGAAGACAAACCUGGAUCAAGUUCUGCUGCUGAAAUCGAAGAGGUGGAACAAGAAGAUGCCGGCCCUGAAGAUGUUGAUGCUGAAGCCUUAGAAUUGAUGGGCCAGGGGAAGAGGAAUCUUGUGGUUGGUGACCCUCCAGCUGCUGUCCAGUGUUUCCAAGAAGCCUGUGAACUACUGUCAUCUAAAUAUGGCGAGACAGCGGAGGAGUGCGGGGAUGCGUACUAUCAAUAUGGAUGCUCCCUUCUCGAACUAGCGAGCAUGGAGAAUGGUGUACUUGGCAACGCUCUGCAGGGGGUCCCAGAUGAUUCAGCUGACUCGGCAGAGUCCGACGAAGAAGGAGGAGAAGGAAAACAAAGUUGCACUGGAAGUAGGGUAGAAAGUGCAGACCAGCUAGAAGCCAAAGAACGAGAAGAAGUGAUACAGCAAGUUAAAGAUGCCCUGGAGGCUAAUAUUGAAAGUGAAGAAUCGGAGAAGGAAGAUAAGGAAAAGGAAGGGGAGGGGGAAGAAGAGGAAAAGAUGGAAGAGGGUGGGGAUAACAAGAAAGAAGAAGCUACAAAGGAGAAAGACAAAAAGAAAGAAGAGGAAGGAGAGAAGAAAGAUCAAGAGAAGGUUGUCGAAGAAAAGGAUGAAAAAGAAGAAAAGAAUGAUGAAAAGGAAGAAGCUGCAAAGAAGGAGAAAGACAAGAUGAAAGAAGAGAUUAAAGAAGAAGAGAAGAAGGAUCAAGAGAAGGUAGUUGGAGAAAAGAAAGAUGUAGAAAUGGAAGUUGAAGAUCAAGAUGCAAAGAAAGAAGAAGAUAAAGAAAAGAAGGAUGAAGAAAAAUCUGACGAGAUGGAGACUGAAAAGAAAGAUACUGAAAAAGUAGAUAAGGAUGAUACUACAAUGGCAGAGAAGAAAGAAGAUGAAGCCAAAAGUAAAACUAAAGAUGAUGAUGAAGAUGAGGAAGCUGCAGGACCCUCAGCAGAUGGUGAACAGAAAGAAGAUGGAGAUGACAUCUCAAACUUCCAAUUAGCCUGGGAGAUGUUGGAACUCUCACGAGUCAUCAUCAGCAAGAAAGAAGAUGAAGAGAGUCAGAUGAAAGUCUCUCAGAUCCAUCUCAAGCUUGGAGAACUAGGACUAGAAACGGAACAAUACACACAGAGUAUCGUAGACUUCAAUGCCUGCCUUGAGAUCCAGAAGAAGUACCUGGACCCAGAAAGUAGACUCAUCGCAGGAACGCAUUACAACCUUGGUCUUGCUUGCUCAUUUGACCAGAAGUUUGAUGAAUCCAUAGAGCAUUACAGAAAAUCCAAACAGCUCAUUGAAAAGAGACUAGAAAGUCUAGAAAAGAAAGUUUCAGAAACGGAAGGGAAAGGAAAAGAAAAAGCUGAUGAAAAAGACCCCAUAGUCUGUGACCAGAAGGAGAUUGAUGAACUCAAAGAACUGCUUCCAGACAUUGUUAGCAAACUUGAGGAUGCUAAGGAGAUGAAGCUUCAGGCCGUAACGAGCGACGGAGCAGGACCCAGCUCUUCUUCUGGUUUUGCCGCCGGCUCCUCUUCUGGUUUUGCUCCAUCAUCCUUUGCCCAAUCAUCAUCAGCACAGCCAGUCCAGCAGAUUGCAGUGAAGAAAGUUGAGAGCGUGCCAGUAACAGACAUCUCACAUCUCGUCAGGAAAAAGAAUUGUUACAAACCACCACCACAGAGAAAACCGGAGGAGACCGAUGAUGCCGCAGCCGAACCCAAGAGAAGCCGACAGGAGGAGAACGGUGGUGACAAGCCAGCCGUCAAUGGCUCUGGAGAUUCUGCUGCUGUCAAUGGCAACGGUCACAUGGCUAAUGGCGUGAUGAACGGCGACAUGAACGGAGACAGCAAACACUCACCGGAAAAGCCAUCUGAGAUCAAAACCAAGAAGUUGGUACCAGAGGGAGAGACUCCUGCUGCCAUGGAAACAUCUUGAAAAGAUACAGGGAAAAAUAGUCUCUGUACCAAAAAAGCCCCUGUAGGGAGUUGAAUACAAACACAUUCCUUGAUUUCUGUUUAUUUCUGAACAAACCUCAAAUAAUGAUCAUGAAUAUAUGAUUUUAUUUCUCAAUGCAUAGACAGUGUAUUUAAUUUGAAUACAGAAGUUAUGGAUCCAUUAUUUUUUAUGGUAAGGCCGAUAUUUGUCACUGAGGAAAUGAAUUAUGAAUAUUAUGAACACCUUAUUUGAGUAGUAUCCAAAGUCUCUGGAACAUUUUAUUUUUCAUUGCAUGGGCAAUGAGUGUUUUUUUAGUCAAAGCUGAUGCUAUUAAAUUUUGUUAUGAUAAGGCUGAUAUUUGUCACAUAAGAAAUUAAUUAUCGAUAUUAAGACCACUUUACAGGAGUAUCCAGAGUCACUUGAAUAUGUAAUUUUCCAUUGCAUGGGCAGUGGGAUUUUAUUUACGUAAAGCAGAGGCUUUUUAUUAUUUCAUGCUAAGGUCGAUGCUUCAUAUUGGUAAUGAAUUAUUACUAUUGAGAAUACGUACAGAGAUCCUUCAAGAUAACUGAUGAGUUGAUGGUUCUUUGAGUAAUAUUUAACUCCUUUGACGGGGUAAGGACCAAAUGUCAUUUUGUGAAGUAACAAAAAAAUAUGUAUGGAGAUGAGAAAGGGAGAAAAAAUCUCAAAUCUUUUAUGUUUCAAUAAUAAAUACUUGCAAGAAGUAGCAACAGAAUGGAAGAGCCAUUUAUACACUUUUGUAAUAAUUCAUCAAGCAUUUUGCAUGGAACCAAAGUCAACUUUUAUGGCAACAAUCCUAAAACGUAGGAAAAACUUGUAAAUUAUUUUUGUACAUUUUGUAUAGUUUGUGUUACAUUGUAUGCAUCUCUGUUAACUGCUUUGUGUAUGUGUAUGUAAAAUAAGCCAUUGAAAAUAAAGUUUUCACCUUUAGAAUUUUUGUAUGAUAAUGCUUAUAAAAAAACAGCACAAGUCAAUAUUAAUUGCUUUGAAAUUGGGUUAUUUAAUCAUAAUGACAAGAAAGAAAAAAUAUUAUUUUUAAGUUAAACAUAAUUAUGUAUUUGAAGAUGAAUAGCAUUAAAUGCUUUCAGAAAUUGAAUAGGUCAAAAAGAUUUUGAUAUUUCAAGAAAUGAUGUUUGUGGCAUCUAUUUGUGAUUUUAAACUGGAAAAUGAUGAAUGUAUUCAGGAAACAAUAUUUGCUAUGAUUUCAUAAUGAUAAAAUAUCAUUUUGUUGCAUAAGUUAACCAGAAGAUGUAUCUCGAUAUGUUGUCUGUCAUUUUCUAUGUUGAAAUAAAAACAACGUAC